AUGUCGGAGGAGGAGGAGGAGGAGGGCGAGGCGGCGUCGGCGUCGGUGCUGCGGGCGCUGGAGGCUCUGGUGGGGCGGGCGGGGGGCCGGCAGCGGCUGCUGCUGGUGGCGGAGCGGCGCGCCGGGGAGGCUCCGCCGCGCGCCCUGCUGGAGCGCUUCGCGCGGGACCUCUUCGGCGAGGCGUCGGGGCCGUCGGGGGCGCCGGAGCGGGGCGCGGACCCCCCGCGCUGGGGCCGGGCGGAGGCGCGGCGGGGCGCGGGGCGGCGCUGGCCCCGCUGCCCGCUGGCCUUCGUGCUGUGCCGCCCGUCGGGGGGCCGCCGGCGUGGGCUGGGCGAGGUGGUGCGCGACGUGCGCGGGCAGCUGGCGCCGUCGGCCGGGCUGGUGGGCGUGCUGGUGGGCGAGGGGCCGGAGCCGCCCGGGGCCGAGCGGGAGGCGGCGCGCCUGCGGCUGGAGGCGCUGCUGCGCCGGGCCGCCGCGACCCCCGGCGCCCCCCGCGGGGCCACCCAGGCCGCCCACUACAGCCCCGGCGCCCCGCAGCCCGUCCGCCGCGCCGCCCUGCGCGCCCUCCGCGCCGCCCUCCAGCUGACAGCAGAUGGGCUGGAAACUGAGAAGCAGAGACUCCCCGCCUUCUUGCGGUGCUUUUCCUGGGGCAGAAGGAGCCGGAAGACGUCGGGCUGCUUGGACAAACCUGCAGACCCUUCUAGGGACGAUGGUACACAAGAGACAGAAGAAGGGGUUGCUUUAAUCAACAUGGUGCCAAAUGGGAAUUGCGAAGAAAUCUGUGGAGGGGCAGGGAGGUGGGGUACGGGGCAAGAAGCCUUCCGGUACACACAGGACGCCUUACCUUCGACCACCCCCGGCCUGUCGGCCUCUGGCUGGGACACUGUCGGACCUCAGGUGGAAGUUUGUGCUAAGUGCUAG